AGGGAGGAGGACGCCUCACAGAGAGGGAGAAACAGCGAUGAGGAUGAAGGCAGGUGAAAUGGAGAGAGAGAGAAUGGAAAUACACAACUCUUCUGAUUUAUUAUGAAGCAGGUGUGCCGGAACUUAAUGCACAUCGGACUCAACAAAGGAGAAAUCGUGGAUUUGCGGUGAUGUGCGGUAUGAACCCGUCUGCAUUUUACUGUAUGAGCUCCAGCAUCUGACUGCCCGCGCGAUUUUACAGAAUUGUUUGACAAAACCAAAUUGCGAUCUUUUUCAAAUUUUAGCGAGCAUUUAUUCAUUUGUAUGUUGUGCAUUGCGUACCGGUAUGUUUUUUGAAAACUUAGUAUUUGGGACAACAUCCAAAAUUUCUACCCCUUGUGUGGUUUUGGUACAAUCUUUGGGUGAUUUAUCGCCAUUUAUACCCGCCCGUUUUUAUCUGGAGUUUAUAAGUUGGCGCGCAUAAACGUGUAGUAGAUAUAUAGCAUAGAAAAUAACUUUAUUUAACAGAAUUGUUUAGCAGCAACAAGAAACGCGUUUAAAACAUUCGUAUAUUUUAGUAGCCUAUAUCUAACGUAGUGUUAACACCGUUUUAAUGCAGUGAACAUUCGUGCCAAUGGGGAUUGAGGACAUGAGCAUGAGGAACGGCCGGACUUUGUCCGAUCAGUGGGCCGACAGCGUGGUGGUCCGACCCCGGACUACCGAACAGCACAUCACGGUGCACAAGAGACUCGUGCUGGGCUUCGCCAUCUCCAUCCUCACCCUCAUCAUCGUCACUGUCAUCGCCAUCACGCUCAGCGUCAGCUUCGAGAGAUGCGCAGCGGAGAGCAGCGGGACUCUGAUCGGUAACGGGUCUAGCAACAGUAAGUCCAAUCAGUCCCGGGACAGAAACGGGAUCAGUCACAGAGAAUCAGAAGAUGGUCAGCAGCCGUGGAAACAUCUGCGGUUACCGGGCACCCUGCGCCCUCGACACUACGACCUCAGACUGUCCGUGUACAUGGAUAAUUUCACUUUCUCCGGUCAGGUGAACAUUGAGUUUGAAUGCGUUAACUCCACUAAGUUCAUCGUGUUGCACACAGACAGACUGGAGGUGAAUAAAGUGCUGGUGUAUUCAGACAGUAAGAAAACCGGCGUCAUGAGGAUCCACCGACGCUUUCACUAUCCGCCCAACCAGGUGUAUGUGAUCGCGCUGCACAGAGAGAUGAAGCCACUCAGAACAUACAAGAUCAACAUCACAUUUGAUGCACAGAUUGAAAAUGAACUCUUAGGAUUUUUCCGCAGCUCAUACGUGCUACAUGGAGAAAGAAGGUAUCUUGCUGUGACGCAGUUCUCACCCACUCAUGCCCGAAAGGCCUUCCCGUGUUUCGAUGAGCCAAUCUAUAAAGCCACAUUCAGAGUGAGUUUGAAACACGAGAGCUCGUAUCAGUCCCUGUCCAACAUGCCAGUAGAGGCGUCCACAUCAGACACAGAUGGAUGGGUGAUCAACCAUUUCUCCAGGACACCGCGCAUGUCCACAUACUACCUGGCCUGGGCGGUGUGCAACUUCACCUACAGAGAAGCAGUAACAGAUAAUGGAGUUGUGAUUCGGCUGUACGCCAGACCCGACGCCAUCCAGAGCGGAUCAGGAGACUACGCUCUGCACAUCACCAAGAGACUCCUGCAGUUCUACCAGGAUUACUUCAAAGUCAAAUAUUCCCUCCCUAAACUAGAUCUGCUGGCAGUUCCCAAGCAUCCGUAUGCAGCUAUGGAGAACUGGGGUCUGAGUGUGUUUGUGGAGCAGAAGAUCUUGUUGGAUCCUGACGUCUCAUCUUUCUCCUAUCAGAUGGAGCUCACCAUGGUGGUGGUGCAUGAGAUCUGUCACCAGUGGUUUGGAGAUCUGGUCACACCAGUUUGGUGGGAGGACGUUUGGCUAAAGGAGGGAUUUGCUCAUUACUUUGAAUACAUUGGGACUGAUUUUCUCUUUCCAAAGUGGAACAUGGAGAACCAGAGAUUUCUGACUGAUGUACUACAUGAGGUGAUGUUAUUGGACGGUUUGGCCAGUUCUCAUCCAAUCUCUCAAGAAGUGUUUGAAGCCACAGACAUCGACAGGGUGUUUGACUGGAUCGCAUAUAAGAAGGGAGCCGCUCUGAUCCGUAUGUUGGCUAAUGUCAUGGGACAACCGGUAUUCCAGAGAGGACUUAAUGAUUACUUGAUGACGCACAUGUACGGAAACGCAGCGAGAGAUGACUUGUGGAACAAAUUGUCAGAGGCCAUGCAGAGGGAGGGGAAGGACAUCAACAUUACAGAGGUCAUGGACCGCUGGACACUGCAGAUGGGCUACCCUGUGGUCACCAUCAGCAAGAAUGACAGUCUUGACAACACUGUCACCAUCUCCCAGGAGCACUUUAUAUAUGACACAGAUGCCAAGAUCAGAGAUCCUGAGCUCUUCAACAAAAGCUUCCAGUGGCAGAUCCCCUUGACCGUCACUGUGGGAAACUUAAGUCACAUAUCAACAGAAACCACCAUUUGGGUCUGUAACCAUACAGAGAUACACAGAGUAGGUCACAUGGACGGGGAGACCUGGUUGCUGGGAAACAUCAAUCAAACAGGCUACUUCAGAGUGAAUUAUGACCUCCACAACUGGAGACUUCUUAUUCAACAACUGAUGACAAACCCUACGAUCAUCUCCGUGGGCAACAGGGCAGGUCUGAUAGAUGAUGUCUUCAACUUGGCAAGAGCGGGCUAUCUGCCCCAAAACAUCCCCCUGCAGAUCAUCUCAUACUUGUCUCAGGAGACCGAGUUUCUGCCCUGGCACGCUGCUAGUCGAGCUCUUUACCAGCUGGACAAACUACUGGACCGCACUGAAGACCACAGUCUCUUUAGUGACUAUGUGCUGAAACAGGUGUCACCGAAAUAUCACAAGAUGGGUUGGCCGACCGCUUUCUCUGAUGGAUCCUUCAUGCAGGCUGCUUAUCAGACUGAAGAGUUACAGAGAGAGGUGAUCAUGCUGGCCUGUAGUUUUGGAAACAAACACUGUCAUCGACAAGCAGUGUCUCUCAUUUCAGACUGGAUUUCCAGCAACAAGAACAGGAUUCCACCCAACGUGCGGGACAUUGUGUACUGCACAGGCGUAUCUCUGAUGGAUGAAGACGUGUGGGAGUUUAUCUGGAUGAAGUUUCACUCCACCACUGCCGUCUCUGAGAAGAAGAUUCUUCUGGAGGCCUUGACCUGCAGUGACAACAUCUUCCUGCUCAACAGACUCCUGAAUCUGUCUCUUACCUCUGACAUGGUGCCAGAUCAAGACAUGAUCGAUGUCAUCAUACACGUGGGCCGCAAUCCACUGGGAAGACAUUUAGCAUGGAGAUAUUUCAGAGAGAAGUGGGAUAUAUUGAAUUCCAGGUAUGGAGAAGCUUUAUUUAUGAACUCAAAAUUAAUCAGCGGUGUGACAGAGUUUCUCAACACAGAGAUGGAGUUGAAUGAGUUAAAAGAGUUCAUCCUGACCAGCGGUGGAGGAGCAGCACCUGCGUUUGCUCGCGCCGUUGAGAUCGUUCAAGCGAACAUAAAAUGGCGGACGCUGUUCGAGCAACAGUUCUUCCAGUGGCUGCGAAAAGCUCCUGACGGUUAACGCAACAUUAGGCACGAAACACGCCAGUAGCUUGGAAACACUAUCAGAAACCAGUAACUUGGGAAGACUUAAGUAUUUAAAAAAUAAAACUUAAAUUUGGGACCAAGAGAAUCUGGAGAAUUAAGCAUUUAUUUCUCUGCUGUCUAUGAAACAAGGCCAUGAACAAGACGAAGACAUAAGGAUUAAAAUGGAAAAGGUCACCCCAGAGGAAAAAGAAGCAUGAAACUGAUGUGUUUAAAACAAAAACAUCUUUUAAUUUUUACAUCUGAAGCUCUGGAUUCAUAUGCUUUACCAUGUAUGAUUUUCAUUAGGUAAAAUGUUACAUGUGCCAUACCCACACAGGACUCUCAUCAUACCAUUUCUGUACCUUUUUUUUUUUUUGCUUUUUACAUCGGAUGGAGUCAGUUUAUAGACAGCAUCAUUCAGUGUUAACAGCCACAAUGACUUAACUCCCCGCUGAGAGAAUGACCCCAACAAGAUCUGGUCAAAUCUAUUCAAGGCCACGCUGAAGAAAUGCCUUUGUCCUGCAUGGAUCGAGUCCAAAAGUGGCAAAACCACAUAUCGAAUGCCAGCUGGUAUCCAUGGUGAUUAUAUAAGCAGUUAUUUUCUGCUGUGGUUCUCCUACAAUUACAUGACUCAUAUAAAAUAAGUAGGCAGAGGCAGAAAUUUAAAAUAUUUUUCUCGCUGAAGCUGCACAUGAUCAUAUACUUUCUCUUGCAAGUUUCAAAAGGAUAAAUUGAUACUGAGUCGAACUGCAUACUUAUUCAUUCAUGUUUGUGUGGAACUCUGUUUGUAAUAUGCCAUAUUUCAUGUUGUUUUGCUGCCAAAAUGGGACGUUUAAAUGCGUGACCGGGAAAUGCAGUCAUUUUGUCUGCCACCCAUUCUCAAAAUCAAAAGAAGAAAUGAGAUAUUGCAGCAAAAAUAUUUAUCAAGUUGUUUAAAGGGAUAGUUCACCCAAAAAUGAAAAUUCUGUCAUAAUUUACUUUGAUGGACAUGAAGGAAGAUAUUUAUAAUCAAACCGAUCAUGAGCCCCAUUCACUUCCAUAGUAGGAAAAAUGGGGCUCAUAAACGUUACAAACAUUCCUUAAAAUAUCUUCCUUUGUGUUCAUCAGAACAAAGACAUUUAUACAGGUUUGUAACAACAUGAAUUUUCAUUUUUGAGCGAACUAUCCCUUUAAGUUGACAAGUGUGAUAUUGACCUAACACAAGCACCCCAGCUCUGCACCACCUCAAGGCAGAAAAUCACUGAGCACAACAGCGCCGCCCUGCUGAUCAACACACUCAAUGCACACAUCAGAUUCAUUCUACAAUGACUGCCGCUUUGCUGAGGUGGAAAAAAAGACCUUUAGAUUUCAGUGAUGUGCUGUUUGGUUUCCUUGCACAAUACACAGUAUUUUUCUUGACUCUUAUAUUUUGUACAAUAUCAAAUGAGGCCAUAUCUACCCUGAUCGGACAGUUAAAUAAAGAUGACUGUAGGUAAAGCGUGAAUCCAGAACAGGUCCUUGUCAUUUCUGCAACAUUUAAAAAAUAUUUAAUUCUGCUGAAUAUCAUUGAAACUGAUUAAAAGGCAAUUUAUAUACAGUUGUUAUAUAGGCCAAUUCAUAAAAUUCACCUAAAUAUGUAUAUAUAUAAAUAUAUUUGUACAGUUCUGUAUAAUAGUACACAUUUUUAACUUAAGAAAAUUACUUUGAACUCAUUUCCCCAUUGUUAUCAUUUUUAAAGAUUUGUUGAUGCAGAUGGUUGUCGGAAAAGUGAGUUUAUUAUGGUAAAGUUAUUUUUUAUCUGUUUGUUUUGCCCAUUACCAAUGUCUCUUUGUAGAUUUGAUUACAGGUGAUGUGGAAAAAUGUGAAGCGAUCAAACAAGCCAAAAAUAACUGCGAACAGUGCCUUUUCUACCUCAAUCAAUCUCAUAUUAGAAAGACUGACAGUGCCUUGAAUAAACCUGUCAUGAGAAUACACAUGA